CUCCGCUCUCUUUCUCCUCCAAAGUAUGUUAUAUAAAAUACCGAGAACCUUCCAGUGUUGGCGUGGCCCAACACUUAACCAACACGGUUUUUAUUGACAGAGCUUUGAUAGUUGUGCCCUGCGCUGAAGGUGAGGAUGGCCGUUUCGCAUGCCCGAAUCACUGUCACAGAAUAAUUAAGUGAAACCAGUUUUUUUCCCCACCAGAUAUAAGCAAAAGUACAAGAGGAUGUCUGUGCCUUUGUCCUUUGUGUAGUCGUAAUUGGCAUAGAGAGAGAAUUUCAAACCGGAAGACUGUAGCCUGUCUGUUCUGUGUUGUAGGAUUCCCGUAUCCUUGAGUUCCUUGAGCAAAAAUUCCUGUCACUGUGAGAGUGUGAGAGACAAACUGCCUACAAAUCUGUUGUUCCCAUUUCUAAAGAGUGGUCUUUUCUGCACUCCCUCUAAAUUUGGUUCUCUCGUUUUUUUUGUUUUGUUUUUUUUAAAUAAUAAUAAUGCUUGUCCUGGUGACUUGGUGCCAGAUGGAAACUGAGUUUAUUAAUUUGGUUUUGUAUGUUUUUUUUCUGUGUGAUUAUGUGUGCAUAUCAGAUGACUAGACUGGCCCAGCUGGUACACUACACUAGCCUGUGUACGGCAUUGUUUGCCAAGCCUCUAUUCCCGUUGGGGCCAGCGCAGCCUUCAGGGGGGAAUGUGACCAGGAGAAUAACCGCUGAAUCCUUCCAAGAUGGACACCUUGUCUCUUUUUAUUUCUUUAUCAUUUUAUUUUAUUUCUUUUUAUUUUCUUGUCCCUUGUUUGCUUUUAAGAAAAAAAAAACGUCAUCACAAUUGUUGACCUUGUUUGCCUGUUUUGAUUCUGUUCCCCCUCAGUACGUUAUCCCAUAAUGAUCUCCUCGCAUGCUUGUCUGAAUAUUGUCUGGGCUGACAUGACCAGUGCCCGUGGACUGUGUUUUGUAAGUGGGCAGAAAGGGGGACGCUAACGUUUCGUUUCCUCUCAGUCACGUCCUCCUAAACACGCUCAUGUUUGUAGGAUUCCUGACCUCAGAAUCACAAUAGGAUUAAAUCUGCCGCUUUCUAGACAAAUUACCAUGUUUAGUAUGUUUUUAGAUGUUAAACUGUGAUUAGUCUUUAGGUACAAAUCUGAAAUGUCAUGUCACUUUUUAAAGCAAAUUAAGAUGGCACACUUGAAACUGGCCUUUUUUGCACAUCUGAUUGAUAGCCAGCAGUUUGGGAAAAGUAAUUCAGCAUUUCUUAGCCUUUACUGUAGUGUUUAUCACAGGUAAUGGGGUUAUUUUUAAUCAGUAGAUUUAAGUCAGCUUAAGCUGAGGUAGCUAAGGCAUCUGCCCAAAGUGCUGAACUGCAUGUUAUUUUGGGAGGGGGUGGGGGCUUGGAUGGAGGGGGUUGUUUUGUUUCUUACUGCUCAGUAAGGAAUGCACUCAACCCCCCCUCCCUAAGCCCAUGGGGUGUAACAUUCAGGGAGAAGAUCUGUAGAGAAUGUUGGUUAUCUUAAAAUUUUUGGCUAUAUUUAUAUACAUAUAUAUAUAUUUGGUUUAGCAUCUGGCGAUAUUGAAAGGUUCUUAAAAAUGUUCUUCUUUUCUGUAUCCGAUGUUCUGUGUGCUAUUAGUGAUGCAGCCAACAUGAACGGUUGUCUUGUGUUGCACACCUUUCCAACACUGCGAAACGAUCGCCCCACGGAAAGGCGCCCAUGCUUGAUAUCGUAUGGUUCAUGACCAAUAUGUUUCCAGUACAGGUAAAAUUCCUGAGGAGGCCAAGGCCUUGUCGCUCUUGGCCCCAGCCACCCCCGUCGCCAACCUGAUGCCCGGGGGCGGGCUCCUGCCCAUCCCCACACCGGCGCCUCUGCAGAAUCUGGGAAUCCCAAUCAGCAACCUGGGGGCACUGCAGAGUGGCCUGGAUUCGUCUGUGGCAGCCCUGAGUGGUGUUUCUGCACAGCCCCCCAUCAUGGGCAAUGUGGAUCCCUCCAAGAUCGAUGAGAUCAGGAGGACUGUCUAUGUGGGCAACCUGAACUCGCAGACCACCACAGCAGAGCAGUUGCUGGAGUAUUUCAAGCAAGUAGGAGAUGUGAAGUUUGUGCGCAUGGCAGGGGAUGAGACCCAGCCUACGCGCUUCGCCUUUGUGGAGUUCGCUGACCAGGAGUCUGUGUCAAGGGCCCUUACCUUCAACGGGGUCAUGUUCGGCGACCGGCCUUUAAAAAUUAAUCAUUCCAACAACGCCAUCGUCAAGCCCCCAGAGCUGACGCCUCAGGGUGCCGCCAAGGAGCUGGAGGAGGUGAUGAAGCGGGUCCGGGAGGCACAGUCGACCAUUGCGGCAGCCAUUGAGCCGGGAGAUGAUUCCGGGAAGAAACGUUCCACUACCAGCUCAAGGAGGUUGAGGAAAUCUCGGAGUCGCUCGCGCUCCCGUUCCCAGUCACGGAGAAAAAGGUCCUGCUCUAGGCACAGGAGCCGUCCCUCCACAAAGUCAAGGUCAAAGGUCGGCGAGUCCCACGGCUCUCGGGCUUCACACAAGAAGCGCUCGCGGUCCAGGGACCGGAGGCAUUCACGCAGCCGUUCACGGUCCAGGGGCAGGAGGAAGGAGAAGGAAGGGAAAACACGGGCCAAAGAGGAGAGCUCCCGGGACAAGGAGGACAGGAAGCCCAAGGACAAGAAGGGCAAGACGCCCCCCAAGAGCUACAGCGCCUCCCACAGGUCGCGCAGCACAAGCAGAGGUCAUCGGAGGAGGAGCCGGAGCCGGUCAAAGACGCCCAGGAGAAAGAUGAAAUCCCCAUCCCCAAAGAGGGGCAAGAAGGACAAGAAACGCGAUAAAGUGAGGGAUAGCAGCCGUGAGCGGGAUAGGUGGAGGAGGAGCGGGCGGGAUGAGGAGAAGGCGGAGCGCAGGUCCAAAGGCGGGAAGGUGAGGGCGGCUGCUGUGUGCCGGGGCCUCCUCGCCCAGCAUGCGGAGAGGGAUUCAGACAAGGAAAAGACAUAUGAGAGUGAGCGGGAGGGUUCGGUGCCUGCUGGCGAGGAGUCGGCCCCCCAGCUCCAGCACAACGGCAGCUACAGCAAGCAUGGCGAGGACACUGCCUGCACCGCUGUCGAUGACCAGUGAGGGCACCGCUGAGCCCAUCCACCCACUUCCUCCUGCCCCCCACUUCCCGCCUCUUGUAGGUCCUGCAGCCAAUGUGAUCUUCACCAAACCAAACAGACUGUAGCUGUUUGCCCCCCCUCCUGUGAAUCCAUUUGUCACACAACACAUACAGAAAAUGGAUGAACCCGUCGCACUCUCCUUCACACUAAUAGUACCUUCAUUUCAGUACCAGCUAUAUUAAAUGCGUGGAUUCUUGUUCCGCUUUCUCAUUUUUUCCCCCCCCCACAUGAAAGUUGUUUUCAGUUGUCAAGGUUGGAUGUCCUGUUUUUAAGAACAAAAAAUUCCCUUGUUUGUAAAAAAUGCUGAUUCCCCCUAUUGUGAAAUAGGUCAGCAGACCUCAGCUUGUUUUAAAGAGGCAGAGUUCCCGCAUGGCGGGGGAAUGGCGUAUGGAGGGGCUCCAGAGCAGCUCGGCUCAUCUGUGGAGACCCCCCAUACCCCCCAUCCCAAUGCCAAAUUCAAUCACAUGUGUCCUGCAAUGUCAGAAGCAGCCCGCACUGUACUUUUGGCACAUUUUUCGUAAGCCCCCGUCAGCUGAAAAGAACAAAGGUCUGCAAGCACAGCAACACAAGUGCCUCCGCUGGAAGACAAAGGGGCGUCCUGGACGAGCAGCAGACUGCUUCAGUGGUGUGAGCACGCAAAAGGGGAACUGAACACACAGCCCUGGCUGGUCACAGAGGUGUAGAGACGCCUCUUCGUGCUCUGCAGUUUUAUAAGGCAUCUCACAGAGCCUUGCCCGUUUUAACCGAGGUUUUAAACCCAGAAGUUUAAACGUUUUACUUUUUAAAGCAGUAUUUUGUUUCCGCCAAUAGCCACAAGCACCCUUGUAUGUCUAGGAACUGAUAUGUGUUGUACAAAAGACUUUUCAGCUAUAGGUUUUGUAUUUCAUUUUCUAUUCCCCUAAGAUGAUGGAUUUCCCAGUGUGUGUUUGAGUCUGAAUUCGGUCUGUUGGAAGAAAUGACUUACUCAGGACAGCAAUGUUAUUACAGGCGUGACACAUUUUGAAGUGUGUUAAAAAUAUAUCAUUUUUAACUGUGUGGAGAGUCAGUGUGGACUUCCUCGAUUGUACACCAUUUGUAUACUUCUAAAGUUUCUUUAGAGGGUAACUUUUUUUUUUUUUGAUAAAGUGGCAAUUCUUUUGCAUCAAGUUUCAGAGUUUUGCUUUGUAUUUUGUGCUUUGAGUAAUUUAAAUUUGAUUAAUGGUAGACUGAUCACCACAAUUUGUAAUAUUGAAAAAAGGUCUGCUUGUAUUUGCGGCUUAAAUUUAGUGUAUGCUGGUACGUUGUUGCAAAGUGUAUUUUUUCUAACCCCUAGUGCAGCUCUUUGGCUUAUCUGGGUACUGGAUGGAUGUGUGUAGUCUUCACAAAGAGAGAUAUUCACUGUAUAUUUGCCAAGAUGGUCUCAUUGGUGAUGGGUAACGGUUCGAUGUUUUGAAAAAAGUUGUCCCUGAUUUACUCUUCCCGUUUGAUAGUAAAAUGGCUGUUUACAUUCUGACGUUUCCGCUGCCAGCAUCUGACAGGAGGUCAGUGACCAUGAAUGCAAUCAUGUUUAAUAACCAGGGUGGUGGGGGGGGUCAUUUCAGUUUCCUUUUCAUUCUGGAUCCCAUGUUAACUGUAAAUAAUUGCCUCAUUGUCAUGAACUUGUAACAGUUGUGAUUGUGAUUAAAACGGGCAUCUCUUCCAUACUG